AUGAAUACACUAAAUGGCCUCAAGAAAGAAUUUUCUAUUUUAGUAAUGCAUGCACAACUAGGCCUUGAGGAAAAAAUUGAAAAGAAUCCCAAGAUAUUACGUGGUCUUAUCAUAUGGUUGCAGGCACAUAUGCAUUGGAAUGACAAACUAAAAAAUAGAUCACUUGAAGAAACUUUCGAAAGUAUUCAUCCAUUUUAUGAUUUUAUUGAUUGCAGUCUGAUAGUGGACAUGAGUGAAGUCUUUCUUAAAGAUUUUAAAUUUAAUGAUGAUGUUAGUAUUGUUUUUCAAUUAAAAGAAUACAAGAAAAAAACUGAUCAAAUUUGUGUUUUAGAUCAAGUGAAGCAUCUUAAUGAGGCAUUGCAAACAAUAUAUGAAAGAUAUAUACCAGAUACAUCAAAUAUGCCAAUGAUUUUAAUGAAGCUUCAUAAUCCAUGGGAUAGUAGUGAUGUCAAUGGACUUUUUCUACUGAUUUGUAAAUUUUUCCCAGUCGGAUACCAAGAGUCAAUAAGGAAGCAUAUUACUGUAUCUUUUGGAUCUGUUAACGUCACAUCAGCUGAUAGCAUAAUAGAAUAUACUGGAGGGAAGUUACAGUUUAUGCAUCUCAUUGGUAUAUUUAGUUUAUACAUUAAUGAUCAUCCGUUCCUUCAAGAAGAUGUGAAUAGAAAGUUAAACUUUGGCCUAGAAGCUCUCGUUGAAGCAGUUACAACUGGUAAUGAUAAAGCUUCAGAGUUUCUAACUCAUCUUGAGCUAGAUCGCCAUACUAAUUCAGAAGGCAAGACAGCACUAAUGUUUGCUUGUGAAAGAGGACACGAGGACAUUGUACUGGUCAAACUGUUGCUGAUGGAACGAGUUGAUCCUAAUGUUCAAAACAAAGAAGGACGUACUGCUUUAAUGCUUGCCAGUACUAAAGGACAUUAUGAAGUAGUCAAGUUAUUAUUAGAAUGGAAAGCUGACCCAACUAUUAAAUCUAUGAAAGGCAACACUGCGUUAUCACUUUCAAAACACUCUAAAAUAAAGGCAUUGAUCAACGACAACAUGGAUAAGAAGGAUGAUGCUGUAACAGUAACCAGUGGUUACCGUACAACUGCACCAUCAGAUAUCAGUAGUAUGAGUAGUUGUCCUUCAACAUUAACUUUAUAA